GGUGUCAAACUUCCGGAUUCGUUCUUAAACCUUGCUUCUCCCCAAAGUUAAGCGAUUGUCUUGCUCAGCGCUGGGUUUGGAUCUCUGACAUGGAGGAAAUGCUGUCAUUCAAGGAUGUGGCCAUUGAUUUCUCUGCAGAGGAGUGGGAAUGCCUGGAGCCUGCUCAGUGGGAUCUGUAUAGGGAUGUGACGCUGGAGAAUUACAGCCACCUCGUGUUCCUGGGUCUUGCUUCCUCUAAGCCAUAUCUGGUCACAUUUCUGGAGCAAAUACAAGAGCCUUCAGAUGUGAAAAGAGGAACGGCCACCUUUGUUCACCCAGGAGAAAAAUGUUAUACAUGUCAAGAAUGUGGCAAAGUCUUUGAGUGGACAAAAGUGUUUCAAAAUCACCAGUUAAUUGACAGAGUGAAUCCCUACAAGUGUAAAGAAUGUGCCAAGUACUUUCAUAUUCCAUCAUUAAAUUCUGAAGAGAACAGAAUUCACACAGGAGAAAAACCUUACAAAUGUGAAGUUUGUGGCAAGGCCUUCCUCAUUCCAUUAUUACUUUCUAAACACAAGAUAAUUCAUACAGGAGAGAAUCCCUACAAGUGUGAUGUAUGUGGCAAGGCCUUCCAACAUCCAUCAAGACUUUCCAGACAUAAGAAGAUUCAUUCAGAAGAGAAACCAUACAAGUGUGAAGUAUGUGGAAAGGCCUUCCACUUUCCAUCAUUACUUUUGGUACACAAGAGAGUUCAUACAGGAGAAAAACCCUACAAGUGUGAAGUAUGUGGCAAGGCCUUCCAUUACCCAUCAAUACUCUCUAAACACAAGCGAGUUCACACAGGAGAGAAACCAUACAAAUGUGAAGUAUGUGGCAAGGCCUUCCACAUUUCAUCAUUUCUUUCUAAACACAAAAUAAUUCAUAGAGGAGAAAAACCCUACAAGUGUGAAGUAUGUGGCAAGGCCUUCCAUUAUCCAUCAAGACUUUCCAACCAUAAGAAAAUUCAUUCAGGAGAGAAACCAUACAAGUGUGAAGUAUGUGGAAAGGCUUUCCGCAUUUUAUCACUACUUUCUAAGCACAAGAUAAUCCAUACAGAAGAGAAUCCUUACAAGUGUGAAGUUUGUGGCAAGGCUUUCGAUUAUCCCUCAAGACUUUCUACCCAUGCAAAAAUGCAUACAGGAGAGAAACCAUACAAGUGUGAAGUAUGUGAAAAGGCUUUCCGUUCUCUGUCAUCACUUUCUAAACACAAGAGAAUUCAUACAGGAGAUAAUUACUAUAACAGUGAAUUAUGUGGCAAUGCUUUCAUUUAUCCUUCAAGACUUUCUAAACAUAAGAAAAUUUGUAGAGGAGAGAAGCCCUACAAGUGUGAAGUAUGUGGCAAGGCCUUCCAUGUUUCAUCACUACUUUCUAAACAUAGGACAAUUCAUACAGGAGAAAAACUCUAUAAGUGUGAAGUAUGUGGGAAGGCUUUUUAUUAUCCUUCAAGACUUUCCAACCAUAAGAAAAUUCAUACAGGAGAGAAACCAUACCAGUGUGAAGUAUGUGGCAAGGCCUUCUGUUUUCCUUCAUCACUAUCUAAACACAAGAGAAUUCACACAGGAGAGAAACCAUACAAGUGUAAAGAGUGUGGGAAGGCCUUCCGCUCUUUGUCCUCACUUUCUAAACACAAGAGAAUUCAUACCGGAGAGAAACCCUACAAGUGUGAAGUAUGUGAUAAGGCCUUCCAUUAUCCAUCAUUACUUUCUAAACACAAGAUAAUUCAUACAGAAGAAAAACCCUACAAGUGUGACAUAUGUGACCAGGCGUUCCAUGUUCCAUCAAAACUUUCUCAUCACAAGAUAAUUCAUACAGGAGAAAAACCUUACAAAUGUGAAGUUUGUGGCAAGGCCUUCUGCAUUCCAUUAUUACUUUCUAAACACAAGAUAAUUCAUACGGGAGAGAAUCACUAUAACAGUCAAGUAUGUAGCAAAGCCUUCAUUUAUCCUUCAAGACUUUCUAAGCAUAAAAAAAUUCGUACAAAAGAGAAACCAUACAAGUGUGAAGUGUGUGGAAAGGCCUUCCGCUUUCCAUCAUUACUAUUAAUACACAAGGGAAUGCAUACUGGAGAAAAACCCUACAAGUGUGAAGAUUGUGGGAAGGCCUUCCAUUAUCCAUCACUACUUUCUAAACACAAGAGAAUUCAUACAGGGGAAAAACCGUACCAGUGUGAAGUGUGUGGCAAGGACUUCCAUGUUUCAUCAUCACUAUCUAAACACAGGAUAAUUCAUACAGGAGAGAAGCCAUACAAGUGUGAAGUAUGUGGGAAGACCUUCCGCUUUUCAUCAUCACUAUCUAAACACAAGAGAAAUCAUACAGGAAAGAAACCCUACAAGUGUGAAGAAUGUGGCAAGGCCUUCCAUUUUCCAUCAAUACUUUUGAAACACAAGAUAAGUCAUACUGGAGAGAAACCCUACAGUUGUGACUUAUGUGGCAAGGCCUUCCAUUAUGCAUCACUACUUUCUAAACAUAAGAUGAUUCACACAGGAGAAAAACCCCACAAGUGUGAUGUAUGUGGCAAGGCCUUCCAUUAUCCUUCAAAACUUUCCAACCAUAAGAAAAUUCAUACAGGAGAGAAACCCUACAAGUGUGAAGUAUGUGGGAAUGUCUUCUGCUUUGCAUCGUCACUUUCUAAACACAAGAGAAUUCACACAGGAGAAAAUCCAUACAAGUGUGAAGUAUGUGGCAAGGCCUUCUAUUAUCCAUCAUUACUUUCUAAACACAAGAUAAUUCAUACAGGAGAGAAACCCUACAAGUGUGAAGUAUGUGGCAAGGCCUUCCAUUAUCCAUCAUUACUUUCUAAACACAAGGUAAUUCAUACAGGAAAAAAACCCUACAAGUGUGAAGUAUGUGGCAAGGCCUUCCAUUAUCCAUCACGACUUUCCAAGCAUAAGAAAAUUCAUGGGUCUGGAGACAUGGCUCAGCAGUUAAGAGAACUGGCUGCACUUUCAAUUGUGCUGUCCUGAGUUCAAUUCCCAGCAACCACAUGGUGACUCACAACCAUGUAUGAUGGAAUCUGUUUCCCUAUUCUGGUAUGCAAGUGUAGAUGCAGGUAGAGCACUCAUAUGCAUAAAAUAAAUAAGUUAUUUAAAAAAUUGAUGGUAUGUUGCCUGGUGCC